AGAUAAUGAAUUGUCCUUUAGGAAUCCUCUGAUCAAGGCUGCAGUAAAGGCUGGAUAUUCCUCCGCUCUGUACUCUGACUGAAAUGAGUUGAUGAUUCUUCACUCUGAACCCCACACAACUCCUCUGAACCCCACACAACUCCUCUACACAGGAAAUACCGCCCCUUAUAAGGGAAGGCUAAACUACAGCCCAUUGGCCAGGCAGCUGUGGAUCAUAGAGUUGUCUGUAUCCCCUUUAGGAUUUACAAUAAAGUUACAUACAAGUAAUAACAUAAUAUAACACCUUACACAAAAGUUUAGUCUAGCCCUCAGUCCUCCACUCUCACAUACCCUGACUAGGCAUGAGGUUGCUAGGUAACAUACUUAAAGCUACAGACACCUAAUAACUGAUUGCUAAGUUAUAACUGUAAAUACACAUUAGAAAUGGUUGAGUCCCUGCAGGGGAGCCCCCAGGACACUGGAGGCCUCAAUCUGACAGGGCCUACAAUACCUUGACACAAUGUACCUAUACUGGGACACCACAAACCCCACCACUAAACAGAAGUCGUCCUCAACGAUAAAGAUCCGUGUAUACAGAAUCCACCACAGAGAUGUCCUUCCAGGAUUAUCCAGAUGAAGAUCUCAAUGUCCAUCAGGAUGAAGAUGUUCCUGGCAUUAAAGUUGAGCCGAAGUGUGAAGAAGAGGACGGGAUGUAUAUAGUGAUGGAUCAGGAGUAUGGAUCCAGGAAGAGGAACCCACCAGGGAGAUGUCCUGCUCCUCUGGAUUCCCAGGACUGUCCGAGGAGAGAUGACAAUGUCCUACAGGAUGAUCAGGGAAAAGAUCCGACUGAUAUUAAGGUGGAGGUAAAAUCAGAAGAAGAGGAGGAGAUCUGUGUGAUGGGUGAGGAGGAAAUUCCAGCAGAUGUCUUCACCGAUAAUCCCGGCAGAGGCCCCGGUGUAUGUACAAUGUAUAAAGCAGAAGGUGGAGAUGUACAACAUUCAGGUGAUAACCCGGCUGUACUGUGUAUACACCCGGGGCCCCACCAUAUGGAGCCAACAUCUCAUAAAGAGGAACCUCCUGAUCCAUCGCAGAUUGUUACAGAUCACACAGGGGGCGGAACGGUUCAGUGUGGUGAAUGUCCACAAAUUUUGACCCAGAAAUCUGAUCUCUGUGAACAUAAGAAAAGUCACUCAGGACAGAAGUCCUUUGCGUGUUCAGAAUGUGGGAAAUGGUUUAAUCGAAAAUCAGUUCUUUCUAGGCAUAAAUUACUUCACUCUGGAGAGAAACCACUGACCUGUUCAGAAUGUGGGAAAUGCUUUAGAAGUAAAUCCAAUCUUGCUAUGCACAAGAGAAUUCACACAGGAGAGAAGCCGCAUCCAUGUUUAGAAUGUGGGAAAUGUUUUAUCAAUAAAGUUAAACUGAAGGUUCAUCAGAGAAGCCACACCGGGGAAAAACCAUUUCUUUGUCCAGAAUGUGGGAAAAACUUUGCCCAUAAAUCACUUCUUGUAACACAUCAGAGAAUUCACACUGGGGAGAAGCCGUAUUCAUGCUCAGAAUGUGGGAAAUGUUUUAGCCAUACAUCAAAUCUUGUUGAACACCGGAGAAGUCACACUGGGGAAAAGCCAUACUCAUGCUCUGAAUGUGAGAAAUGUUUUACCCAGAUAUCAUCUCUUAUUAAACAUCAGAGAAUUCACUCAGGGGAGAAGCCGUAUACAUGUUCAGAAUGCGGGAAAGGAUUUAUCACUAAAGCUAAACUUGUGGAACAUCAAAGAUGUCACACUUUAGAGAAGCCAUUUUUUUGUUCUGAAUGUGGGAAAUGUUUUACACGAAAGUCUUCUCUUGUUGAACACCAGAGAAGUCACACAGGCGCAAAGCCAAUUUCAUGCUCAGAGUGUGGAAAAUGUUUUAGCUAUACAUCUAAUCUUAUUCUUCAUCAGAGAAUUCACACAGGGGAGAAACCAUUUUCAUGUGGAGAAUGUGGGAAAAGUUUUACACAGAAGUCAAAUCUGGUCAAACAUCAGAAAAUUCACACAGAGACCUAAAUCAUCAUGUAGUUGACGAAAGCGUAAUGCCGGAACACGUGCUGCUUUACUGUAUGCAUAAUCACCUGGUCCCCCCCCAUCCUAUUGGUGGCUGAGCCGCAGUUCUCACUUUUGUUGGACAAGCAGGAGAUGCCCAAUCAUAGGCCAUAGUGGUGACCUGCUGAGGAGGGACCAGGCACAGUAGGGAUGGUCAUAGCCGAGGAAUGGGGCGGCCAAUAUUAUGGGGCUGGAUGACCCCUUUCAGUGCUGCCAUGUGGAUUUCCUUCGGGUGCCAUCCCUCCGGUAUGGGGCACCAUCAUAGACUGUAUAUAUAAAUGAUUCAAUAAAAAACUGAUUCACAAAAUAACGUUAUCUUACAGUCCGGAUCCCAUAUAACAGUGACACAUGGGUCAUUGGGCAGAGUAGAUCUACUCCAGAUAGAGGGCCGUCUGGUGCCACCUAAUGGAGAUUCCCUACAACUCAAUCCUCGGCCCUCUGAAGAGUCAUGACACCUGACUGGGGAUUAUCAGCCAUCUAGAAUGCUACAUUGUCAAUCAUCCUAUUGUGUGAGCUGGGGAUGUGUCAUAGACCUAGGGGGGAGGGGGUUGUCACAGAGCCUUGUAUACCCGCACUUCCUGUAUUUUGUCCCGCCCACACUUCCUAUAUUUGGUCCAGCCCAUGCUUCCUGUAUUUUGUCCCACCCGCACUUCCUGUAUUUUGUCCCGACCACACUUCCUGUCUUUUGUCCUUCCCACAUUCUGUAUUUUGUCCCACCCACACUUCCUGUAUUUUGUCCUGCCCACACUCUGUAUUUUGUCACGCCCACACUUCCUGUAUUUUGUCCCGCCCACACUUCCUAUAUUUGGUCCAGCCCAUGCUUCCUGUAUUUUGUCCCACCCGCACUUCCUGUAUUUUGUCCCGCCCACACUUCCUAUAUUUGGUCCAGCCCAUGCUUCCUGUAUUUUGUCCCACCCGCACUUCCUGUAUUUUGUCCCGACCACACUUCCUGUCUUUUGUCCUUCCCACGUUCUGUAUUUUGUCCCACCCACACUUCCUGUAUUUUGUCCUGCCCACACUCUGUAUUUUGUUCCGCCCACACUUCCUGUAUUUUGUCCCGCCCACACUUCCUGUAUUUUUUCCCGCCCACACAAAAUACAGACAGCUUUUUAUUAACAACAUUAUAUGUAAUAUGUAUUGGUAUCUACAUAUUUUAUUACGUUUAUAGUUUUAGCAUAUGUCAGCGCCCAUUUAAGUGUUUAUCUGAAUGUUGUCGUUGUAUCUGUCAUUACUGCUGGUAGAGCAUUGUGUAGUUUGAUUGCUAUAAAUAGGCAUUAUACUG